AUGGACUCUGGGGAUGCUGCUGCUACAAGCCUGCAAGCGCCGGGGCAAUCGGCGAACCUGGCGACGAACAACCAAUUACUGAGUCAUCUACUGAGUCAGAAGCUAGUGCCCACCACAGAACCCAAGUACCCAACCUGCUCCGGAGAGGCUACCGCAAGUCCGCAACCUCUAGUACUUCAUGGAGGACAACUGGAAGAGCUUGUGGGUGAUCCUGCUAUGCCUCGCCGUCUGUGCCACCCUCUUUACCUAGAAGUUCAUCCAAUACAAGCAUCGACCGGUGUUCGAAGUCAUAGGCUUAUGCGUCACCGCCAGUGCCCCACCAAGGGUGCUGCCGAGACUCUCAAGUUCAACAUGACCCUCAUCCUCCUCUCUGUCUUCCGGAACACCAUCACUUUCCUCCGCAGCCGCACCAAGCUCGGCGUCGCCAUCCCCUUCGCCGAGACUCUCAAGUUCAUGAUUUAUACUUCAAAUUUAAUUAAUUAA